CCUUGCCGCCCGGCUCCCACCCCUCUGCCCGCACGACCCCGGACCCUAAUGAUCCUGCAAAAGUCGCUGGAGCGGGGCCCCCUGAGCCGGGCCUUGCGCGACCCCCGGGCCGUCUCGGGCACGAGUCGCGGCCUGGACGCCAGGGAGCCCGUGCGCAAGCACUCCCCGUCGGAGGAGAGCAUGGCCACCCACUUCUCUCGGCUCAGCCUGCACAACGACCACCCCUACUGCAGCCCCCCCGGGGUCUCCCCCCCACCCAGCCGCCCUAGCUCGGAGGUGCUGCUCUGGCGCUACCCGGGGAGCCUGAUCCCCGAGGCCCUGCGGCUGCUGAGGCUGGGGGACCCCCCGACGCCCUCCCACCCUGCGACCCCAGCCGGCGACGGGAUGGAGCUCUGAGUGCCCGCCUCCCCAGCUGCACCGCGGAGGGGCCAGACGCCUGCCCGGCCUUCUUGCCUCCGGACCUCGCAGCCCCACGGGGGCAGGAGCGUGGGAAGGGAGACUGUGUCCCCGGGGAGCAGAAUAAAGAUGCCGCGCAGGCGAAGGCUUCGUCCGGCCCCGGCUGCCGCUCAGGGCUUCCCUGGAAAACCGUGGGGGCCGGCCAGGUCCCGGCAUUGAGAAUGCGUGAGUCAGAGCCCCGCCCCCGCCCCCGCGCCACUGACUCACUCCCUCCCUCCAGCCCGCGGAGUCAAGCUGGGACCACGCCGCUCUCAAACCAUUUAAAGUUAAAGAUUUCUUUUAUUAAUAAAUUCUCCCUCCCCUGAAAA